AUGGCAUCUCAGUUCCCCUCCCCCAUACCAAAUGCCUUUCCACCGAAAGAUAUCUCGGCAGUCAAAGCAAUAGUAACUCAUCUAUGCAACGAAAUCGGACUCCCCCCAGGUAUCAUCCGAAUCUCCGGAAUAAAAAGCGGUAGCAAGCACAAUAUCAUAUUAUUUACAUGGAUUCUAACCAAUCUUCCCCCCGGUAGUCGUAUGGCGCCUUGUAAACACUAUGUCUUGCGGACCCCCAAAACACAAGGAGCAAUCCCCGACCUUUGGAUCCAGAGAGCCGCCGCUUUCGAUUUCAUCUCCGCCAAGCACUUUGAAGUUCCUAAACUAUACGCUUAUGAUGCUAGAUGCGGAAACGCCAUCAGAUCUCCGUACAUCAUGCAGAAACAAGUGGAAGGGUACACUUUACUGGAAAAAUAUCGUGCGUUGUACAACAAGUAUCUCACAUACGGCUAUUACAAGCCAGCUAGUGAUUACGGAGAAGCUGCAUCUAUGAUAUCCGUGUAUAUUGAGAAACAAGAAUUGGCGUAUCAAUUUGAGUGUUACGGUACUUUUCAGCCCGUUCAGGGAAUGGCUCUCCAGAGUUCCUUUCCUGAUAGAGUACAGGAUCGAAUUGGAUUGGUUGUCAAACCAUUCACGAACACUUUAUCCAUGAGAGCUAAUUCGAAGGCCAUCGACUUUAUACUCGAAUUACUAUAUAUGUCGGAAUCUCAGACAAGAAAUCCGGAUCAGGAAGUUAAAUAUCGAAAGAUUCGCCAUAUAGCUUUAUGUAUCAAGGUUUUGGACAACAAUGAUAUCUAUCGUGCUGCACAUAGACCCGAGCCCUCUGUUCUUUGGCAUCCGAAUUUCCAGCCUAGCAAAAUCAUGAUGACUGCGACGCCUCAUUACUGUGAAGCUAGAUCCGGCGUAUCGAAUGAGGACCCCACCCGAAUGGAAUCUUACAAACUAGAAGCUGUACUUGGAUGGGAAGGCGCCAUGGCACUGCCUCGUAUCAUGACUCGAUGUCCUUCUUAUUUCUUGUGGGGAGAAGGCCCUCACGUACGCGAGACAGAUAAGUGUGUAUGGAAGUAUACCUGCGUCGAUGAGAUGAUAGAAGAGGGGCUACCGGGAUGGUGCGAAGAUGCUUAUGGAGAGAUGUCGAGGAUUGUUAGGGCGUUGGGAUUUUAUGCGUUGUUUGGUGUGGAUUUUGAAUGGUAUGAACUUCCUUUUGAGGUUUUGAUAGAUGCGUGGACGCGUAUUGAGCCUGUAGCGAGGGAUCUGGAGUAUGCGACGUAA